AUGACUUUAGAGGAAUUCUUUCAGAAGUCGUAUGACUAUGUGAUUAUCGGCGGUGGCACAGCAGGAUUGGCAGUAGCAGCUCGUCUCAGUGAGGAUCCGAACGUCACUGUUGCUGUUCUUGAAGCUGGAGGAAAUCGUCUCGAUGAUGUCCUGAUCGAUGCCCCUAAUCUAUUCCUUCAACUAUGGGACAAGCCCGAGUAUGACUGGAUGUACAGAACUGUUCCACAGGUUGGAACCGCGGACAGAGUUCACGGAUGGGUCCGAGGAAAGGUUCUCGGCGGGUCCUCCGCUGUGAAUUACAACAUGUUCAGCAUGGCCUCCAGGCAAGACUUGAACAACUGGUCAGAAUUGGGCAACAAAGGCUGGGACUUCGACGGAAUUGCUCCAUACUAUCGCAAGUUCGAAAAGUAUAAUGCACCAUCGGAUGACUUCGGGAAGCAGAUGGAUCACAAGUAUAUCGACCCACUCCUGAGAGGCACUGAUGGACCUGUUCAGACCGAGUUACAAUGGAAUCAAGAAGUGUGGCCAAAGACUUGUUUGAACGCAGGUUAUCCGUAUCCAAAUGAUCCAAGAACUGGUUCUGCAAUUGGUGGCUUCAACCAAUUGGUAACUGUAGAUCCCAAGACAGUCCGAAGAAGCUACGCUGCCAGAGCUUACUAUGAGCCAAAUGCUGGAAGACCUAACCUUUCCUUACUCACUGAAGCACUAGUCGAAAAGAUUGAACUUGAUAAGACAGGUUCUGGAGAUGCAGUUGCAACAGGAGUCAGGUUCCAGGUCAACGGCACCUCCUACCUCGUUAGAGCCAACAAGGAGGUCAUCGUAUCCGGUGGCGUAAUCAAUUCGCCUCAGAUCUUAGAACUCUCUGGAAUAGGUGGAUCUGAUGUACUCAAGAAUGCUGGCGUAGAUGUGUUGGUUGAUAAUCCUAAUGUCGGCGAGAACUUGAAUGAUCACACGGCGGUGGCAGUUACUUUGCAAGUCAAGGACGAAUAUCCGACUGCAGAAGUGCUUUUACGCAACCCGGAAAUUCAGCAGCAAGCAAUGGAAGCCUAUCUAACCCACAAAGUUGGACCAUUUGCAAACGCGCCUACGACAACUGGCUUUGCAUCCGUGGACCUAGUCGAUCCGGACUUGAAGAAUGCUGGAGAGCAUAUUGCAUCUCUCGUUUCGGAAUUCAAAACAACGAAUCCAAAGGCUGAUCCUGCAGGGCGCAAUGACAUUCUAGCACGACAAUUGAAAAGCCCUAAAGAAGCCGUCACUCAGAUGGUAUGCCUCACCGUUGGAGCAGACCCGCGAAAGGUGGGAGAACCCUCCCAAAUCUUCAUACACGAUUCGCCAGGAAACUUCGUGAUUGUUGGCGCCUGCAGCACGCGCUCUCUGUCAAGAGGAAGUAUUCACAUUGAGUCUUCGGAUCCUUCGAAACAUCCUAGGAUCGAUCCGAACUAUUAUGCCCAUCCACUCGACCUUGACAUGGCAGCUCGAACUGUCCUCCAUGCAUUUAAGCUCGCCAGAACAGAGCCAUUGCUGUCCCACCUAAAGCUGGGUGAAAACGGAGAUGUCAUUAUCCAUUCGUCUUGGGGCAAGAAAGAGCCUAAGACACUCGAAGAGGCGAAGGAAUUUGCAAGUCAGAACACUGCCACUGAGUAUCAUCCCAUCGGAACCUGUGCUAUGCUACCGAAAGAAAAGGGCGGUGUUGUUGAUACCGAGUUGAGAGUUUAUGGAACCAAGAAUAUCAGAGUUAUCGAUGCCAGUAUCUUCCCCACGCAUGUUCAGGGAAACAUAGUCAGUCUGGUAUAUGCUGUUGCGGAGAGAGCGGCGGACAUCAUCAAGGGGAAGGUAGCCAACGGCACGAUUGUCAAUGGGAACGGUGUCAACGGCCACGUCGCCAACGGUCUUCCAUGA